UCAUUUUAUUAGCCUACUAUAAGCCUCCUGUCGAUAUGCAUAUAGAAUACUGACUUCACCUCCUAGCUUUUCACUUGUUUUCUGAAGUUUAACCUGUAGGUAAUGCAGUUGAGCGUCAAUUCUUCAAUCUAAACCAUGAACUUCUCAUCUCUCAAAUUGGUACUGAUGGUGCUGUCCACCAUUCUUCUUGAAAAUACACAGAUCUGUUAUACUCGAAAAAUGGCACGCCAACAUUUCGCACCCCAAGAAUUUUUUACACGCCAAGAUAUCGCACCACAAGAUACGAAUCCCCAAGAAGUAGAGCCCCAAGUAGUGGAUCCUAACGUUGUAGUACCUCAAGAAAAUCCAAAUACACCCCAAGACGUAACAUCACAGGAUGCUGUUCCACCCCAAAAUGUUGCGCCCCAAGAAGUGGCACCCCAAGAUGUGACUCCCGAAGUCGUGACACCCCAAAAUGUAAUACCCCAAGACGUGACAUCUCAAGAAGCAAAACCUCAAGAUGUGACACCCCAAUUUGUAGUACCUAACGUUGUAGUACCUCAAGAAAAUCCAGGCACCCAAGAUGUGGCACCUCAAGACGUGACGACACAAAAUAUGCCACCCCAAGAUGUAACAGUUCCACCCCAAGAUGUGACUCCCGAAGUCGUGACUCCCGAAGUCGUGACUCCCGAAGUCGUGACUCCCCAAAAUGUAAUACCCCAAGACGUGACAUCUCAAGAUGCAAAACCUCAAGAUGUGACACCCCAAUUUGUAGUACCUAACGUUGUAGUACCUCAAGAAAAUCCAGGCACCCAAGAUGUGGCACCUCAAGACGUGACGACACAAAAUAUGCCACCCCAAGAUGUGACAGUUCCACCCCAAGAUGUGACACCCCAAGUCGUGACUCCCCAAAAUGAUGUGAUACCCCAAGACGUGACCUCUCAAGAUGUGACAGCGCCCCAAGUUGUAAUACCUCAAGAUGUCACACCCCAAGUUGUAGUACCUAAUGUUGUAGUAGGCCUACCUCAAGAAAAUCCAAAUGUUACACCCCAAGGUGUGACACCACCUGCAAAUGUAACACCCGAAGCUGUGACACCACCUGCAAAUGUAACACCCGAAGCUGUGACACCACCUGCAAAUGUAACACCCGAAGCUGUGACACCCCAAGUUCCAGGACCCCAAGUUCCGGUACCAGUACCGGUUCCCCAAGUUCCGGUACCAGUACCGGUUCCCCAAGUUCCGGUACCAGUACCGGUUCCCCAAGUUCCGGUACCCCAAGUUCCGAUUCCUCCCGUAGUGCAUCAAGUAAACUCAAUGGCAGGAUGUUUUUGGAGUGGAACAUCCCCAUUUUGUGCUGGACAUUGUGGCCGAUUUUAUAAAACCAUUGCUUCAGACAAAAGUGGAGACGGAAAAAGAUGUUUAACAGGAACAAAGAGGCUGUGUUGUCCUGGAACUGCUGCGUUGCUGAGAUCACGUUGAAAAUGGUGUCUUGUUGAAAUUCACAUUUUUUUCCGUGUUGUUACAAGAAAUAAAUGAAUCGAAUAUGAUAUGGAAUUGCAAAAAAAAAAAAAUAUGUAAAUGUGAAAUUGCAUGUUUGCUCAGACCAGCAACGCAUCACAUGAUUCCUUUUUUGUAUGGUUGAUUGUAUAGAGAUCUAUUACCAAUAUAGGAAGACGACUGCACUGUGCCUUGUUUCAGUUCAUAUUUCCACUUAAGCAAACACAGUUCCUUAAGAAAACUAGACAUUAUAUAUUGAUUCAUCAUUGACGUUGAUUGAUUCAUCAUGACAAACAUUAUUUGAAGUAGCCUAAUUUAAGUUCGUUUAAGAGAUCUUGGCUUGGCUCCUGCUGCACCAAAACCGCCAUAUAGCUUCGCUUACCCUCCUUUGGAUUUUUCCUUCAUUAGCCAUCAUAUUGGCUGCAUAAAAAAGAUAAAAACGUUGGAAAAUCUAAAGCACGACAAUAUUGUAGCGGUAUUAAAACAGAAAAUUAACUCAGUAUGUUGCAACAUUCCCAUCAAAGCCACAACAGCGCAAUAUCUCGAAAUCCUAUAUGCAUCUAAUUUUGAAAACGGAAACCAUGUUUUCGUGUAUCGUUACAAUUUGAACACAAUCAAGUGUUUUAUCAGAAACCACAAACCAAUAAGCGAGCGACAUUUCUAUACUCUAUAUUGCAAAGUUCUCUCUCAUCCUGUCAUUAUACAAGCCUGCUGCUAUUGGCCUUCUCUCGAUGUAAAGAAAAUGCUGACUACACUUCCUUUUCAUUUGUUUUCCGAAGUUCAACCCGUCAAGAGGUUAAUACAGUUGAGCGUCAAGUCUUCUAUCUAAAAACCAUGAAGUUCUCAUCUGCCAUAGUGGUACUGAUGAUUUCUAUCACCAUUCUUUCUUCGAAUGCACAGAUUGUUAGUUCUCAAUUAGCGACACCCCAAGUUGAAGUUGCCCAGCCAACCCCAAUGAACGGAUGUUUUUGGAGUGGAACAUCACCAUUUUGUUUUGGACAAUGUGGCAAUUUUUAUAAUACUAUUUCUGUUCACAAAAGAGGAGACGGAAAAACAUGUUUAACAGGAACAAAGAAGCUGUGUUGUCCUCGAACUGAUUUAUUAACCGGUUAAAUAUAUUUUCUUGUUGAAAUUCACCAUUUAGGACUUUCGUUCCGCUUUCGUUUUUUCACAAGAAAUGUAUUAUUCAGAUUGCAAUAAACUAUGUCAAAAAAUUAAA